AUGCAUGCAAAACCGCGAGGCGGGAUUAGAUUAUUUAAUAUCAUCUGUAUUAAGAUGGCGUCAGACCCAAGAAGAGCUAUAUCGUCUGCAUACUGGAUAUCUGUGUGCGAAUGUCCUGGUAGGAUUUUGGCCCCUCAAGCGUUACAGGCUGCGAUUGAAUCUCCACUGAUCAUGUCAAUGGCAAAAUUAAAGGUUGGGGAACCUGACACUAUCUCAGCCCUGGUGCUUCCUUCUGGUGGCAUGGCAGUUAGGUACAGAAUGGAUGAUACAGUUGAACUAAACGGUGACAAGUGGUAUUUCGGUGAGCUAAGUCGCGAAAAGACCAAUGAGCUGCUGCUUGACCAGCCAGUGGGCACUUUUUUGGUGCGCGAUAGCACCACUCAUUCCGGUUUCGUGUUGACCGUUAAGGAAUCCGAUGGGGUAAAACGGUUUUUGAUUCCAUUCAUGCCCAUGAGUCAAAAGUUUCGUUUCGGCGAGUCGCUGUACGAUUCAUUGGAUGAUCUAAUCAGACACUACAUGAAUUCAAAGUCAGCGAUGCGCCUCACCCAACCAGCUCCUAAAGAUGUUUACUUGGGACUUUAUAAUUUUCAAGCAAAGGAUGACACAGAAGUUUCCUUCAGUCGGGCUGAGAGGUUGUACUUCAUUCGACAAAAAGGGCAAUGGAUGUUGUGCAAAGCUGAAUCGUCAGGACAAAUCGGCUGGGUUCCGGUUAAUUAUGUGCAAGAGUUCUCUCCGGAACUUCAUGCGAGACUCAGUGGGCAAAAUGAUCAAGCCUGUGUAGUUUCGGACUGUCGCAAAGGAAAGUUUCUGAGUCUUCCCAAAACUGGCAAGGUUAUCAGGGCUCGCAAUCCCAGCGCCUUUCUUGAGGGUCACUUGAAGAUACAAGUAGGCGAACUGCUCCGAGUUUACAAAGUCCUACAGGAUGGAUUUUGUGAAGUCUGGCGUGAGGAUCAAGUCAGUGGCCUUGUUCCCAUAAAUUAUCUGGAGUUACUAGACGACUGAUGGAAGCCUAAUUUGGUCAGGUUUGAACUUUGCUACGCCUUUUCGCACCCGAUUCAAAUGUACAAAUGAUUUCUUGAUAAUUUGUCCUCUAUUUCUAAUAAACUAU